AUGGCUCCCGGCCUGGACAUGAAGAGCCCCCCACCCCCGCCACACUCUGGGGCCACAGCCGGACGUGGUCAACAUGUGGCGCGGCCCCCGCCACUCAAGGCCAUCGGGCAGCCUGGGCCACUCGAGAAGGACUGGGGCUGCCUGCCCACCCUCCCUGGCAAGCAGGCCUCCCGGGUGCGGCCCCUCUUGCCCUUCUGCCUGAGCCUUCAGGACAGCUGCGGCGGAGUGGAGGGGAAGGCGGUGCUCAUCACGGGCUGUGACAAGGGAUUUGGCCACGCCUUGGCCAGGCACCUGCACGCCAAAGGGUUCACCGUCUUUGCUGGUUGUUUGCUCAGGGACCACGGAGGCGAGGGGGCCAGGGAGCUGGCGGGCCUGGGGCCAGAACGCAUGAAAGUCCUGCAGCUCAACGUGUGCAGCGAGGAGGAGGUGGCGCGUGCUCUCGAAACGGUGCAGAAGACCCUCAAGGGACCGGAUCAGGGUCUGUGGGGCCUGGUGAAUAAUGCGGGGGUCGCCUCCUUUGGGGACGUGGAAUUCACCAGUCUGGAGAAGUACAAGGCCGUGGCUGAUGUCAACUUGUGGGGGGCCGUCCGGGUGACGAAAGCUUUUCUGCCCCUGAUCCGCCGAGCUAGAGGCCGGGUCGUCAACGUCAGCAGCAUGCUGGGGCGCAUGGCCAGUCCACUGCGCUCCUCUUACUGCAUCUCCAAGUUUGGGCUGGAGGCCUUCACCGACUGCCUGCGGCAGGAGAUGUACCGCUGGGGCGUGGCGGUGGUCGCCAUCGAGCCGAGCAACUUCAUCGCUGCCACGGGCAUCCUGACCCGGGAGGCCGUGGAGUCCCAGGCGGAGGAGAUGUGGCAGCAGGCCAGCGAGACGGUCCGGGCCGAUUACGGCGAGCCCUACUUCCUGGAGCAGGCCCAGCGGAUGGAGGCCUUCGUCAACAGCGGCCUGCGGGACGUGUCUCCCGUCCUCGAGGACAUCACCAGCGCCUUGACCUCCCGGCACCCCUACGCCCGCUACAACCCCAUGGAGGCCCGGUGGUGGGUGCGGCUGCAGGCCAUGACCCACCUGCCCACGGCACUGGCCGACUGGCUUUACAUCGACUAG